UUGUUUUCAAAACGUCAUACAGUCAAAAGCAUCUGGGGAAUGUUUUUCAUAGAAAAAUAGAUCAGUUUUCUCAGUUAUUUUCACACCAGACUGCCCCAAAUUGCAUUUUAAGUGAUAAUUUAGAACCCCACUGUUUAUUUUCUUUAAUAAAUCGGGAAAAAUAUGCAUUUAUAGAGCAAUGGGAGGUGCAUGAAAAGAAAUCUAGUGACGUGGAUAUUUGUUAGGUUAGGUGACGAAGAUAAAUUUUUGGAGGGUGCUUUUGGGAAACAUUUCCGGACUUUCCAGGGGGCAUCCGGCAGCUGGACACAAUGUUUGAGAUUACAGACACACAGAAAAUCGGAGUCGGUUUAGCUGGCUUUGGGAUCUCCUUCCUCUUUCUGGGUAUCCUGUUGCUCUUUGACAAAGGACUCCUGGCCAUUGGGAAUAUCCUGUUUCUCUGCGGACUUGCCUGCGUCAUUGGGUUGGAGAGGACAUUCAGAUUCUUCUUCCAGAAGCACAAAGUGAAAGCCUCAAUUGCCUUCUUCGGGGGCAUUGUGAUCGUCCUGGUUGGAUAUCCCCUCAUCGGCAUGAUCCUGGAGAUCUAUGGCUUUGUCCUCUUAUUCAGUGGCUUCUUCCCGGUUGCCAUUAAUUUCCUCCGGAGGGUUCCCGUGCUUGGGUCGUUCCUCAAUAUGCCGGGCGUGAGUCGGAUUGUUGACAAACUCGCUGGGGAUUCCAAUAGGACGACGGAUUUUGCCGAAUAAAUUCGCUGCUUUGGAAGGAAAUUGAUGCAUCUCUGAAAAUAUUUAUUCCUGCACUAUUAUUUUGUUGAAAGAAAAAUUUUCCGGUUGUGGGUUUACUUGAAAAACAUUAAAAAUUAUUAAAAUUA